CCCUCAGCCCCCACUCUUAAUUUUCGUCUGGAGGAGCGUUUUCUGAAUGAGGAGGGGGCGUGCCCGGCUGGGGGCGGGGCCGAGGAGGGCUGCCUAAGUGUGGAGCCAGGCCCAGCCCCCGGGGACUUACCGAGCGGCAGGCAAGCGGAGAGCCUGCGGGAGGAAGCCCGAGAGCCGAGCUUGCAGGCGCUUGAGCCCGCGGGGUCACGGAGCCCGCCUUGGGGGCCAAGGGGGGCAGAGCAGGCUUCUGGCUGGGCCAGAGUGAGCAGAAGCGCGGGCGGCCGCGCACUCGGGGGGGCUGCGAUUAGCUCAGAAAGUUUGAGGACUUGAGGGGGGCUCGAGAACACGAAGAUGCUUCCGCUGCGCGCCCUUCUCUUCUUCCUCCUCGGCUGCAGUGCAGGCCACGCUCCCCACUUCAUACAGCAACCAGAGGACCUAGAGGUUGUCCUGGGGGAGGAGGCCAUCCUCCCCUGCGCGCUCAGCGGCUACCACGGCUUGGUUCAGUGGACAAAGGAUGGAUUAGCCCUAGGGGGUGAACGGGAUCUGCCUGGGUGGUCCCGGUACUGGAUAGCAGGAGACAGGGCCAGUGGCCACCAUGAUCUGCACAUUGGGCCAGUUGAACUUGGGGAUGAAGCCUCCCUGGUCCAGGCUCCCAGGCUGCCCUCCCUUCGGGAGGUUUCGGCACCCGGUGGGGGCCCCCCGUGCUCGGUUGUGGGGUUCCGAAACCUCCUCCGGACCCAGGAUCUCCCCCCCCCCAGGUUGGUUUGGGAUGGUGUUUGGAGGGGCCUCUUGAAAGUAGCUUAA